AUGGAGAAGACAGACGCCAAAGACCCGUCCUCGCCGGGGAAGGCAGAGAAAGACCCUCCAAAGAGCCACCCCUACUCCGUGGAGACCCCUUAUGGCUUCCAUUUAGACCUGGACUUCCUCAAGUAUGUGGAUGACAUCGAGAAGGGAAACACCAUCAAAAGAAUUCCUAUCCACAGAAGGGCCAAGCAGGCCAAGUUUAGCACUUUGCCCCGAAACUUCAGCCUUCCCGACAGCGGGGCUCGCCCUCAUGCUGCUCUUUCCCACCCGAACUGGUCCCCAGCGGUGCCGAGGAAGGUGUCGCUAGGAACAGAGGCGCGAGCCCAGCCGCUGCCGCUCGGUGAUCACCUCCAAGCCACCGGCGGGAGCGAGGUGAGCUACCACCGGAAGGCCCUGCUGGCGGAGACCGCCAGACAGCUGGAGGCCGCUACUCCUGGGGAGGCGGAGCUCGCCUCCGGGAGUGGGCGGCCCCAGCUUUUGAGAGCGUCCAGCAUGCCAGCCACGCUGCUGCAAAACAGGGCCGCAGAGGACCCGAGCCUGACCUCAGGUCCCCCCACCCCGCCCGCCCUCCCCCCACUUCAGGGAGAAGGCGGUGUCUGCGAUGGUGCCUUUGGCCCAGCGGAAGGAUUUGCAGGUUUUUCCAGCUCCACCCCGAGAGCAGCAACCCAACCAGAAGUCAGAGAGCCUGGAGACCUGGUGCCAGGGAUUCCGGAGCUGAUCCGGGAAGGGCCUGAGCCUCCAGAGGGUGAAGAAGAGGCUCCAAAUCACCUCUUUUUCCCAAGUCCUCCUUUCUCAUCCCAGAAUGCACGUGCAGUUCUAGAGGAUGCAGAAGACCAACAGGAAAGCAGAGAAGCCAGCGUGGUGGUCACGACCCCCGGCUCCCCAACACCAAGCCCCCCACCUCUGCCGUCACCCAUCCCUGAGAAUGAGCUCCCCCUAGGAGAAAUCGAGCUCAAUAUCAGCGAGAUCCCACCGCCGCCACCUGUAGAGGUAGACGUGAGAAGCAUUGGGGUCCGGGUCACGGAGGAAAGCCUGGGCCUUGCCUCCCUGGAUCUUGGCAGCAUCUCCAGCCUGAAGCAGCUGGUCUCGGAUCUUGAAGGCGAACUGUCUGGAAGAACUGAGGAACUGGCCCAAGUCAGAGCUGCCCUCCAGCGGCAGGAGGAGGAAAUCAAGGCUAGGGGGCAGAGGAUUCGAGAGCUAGAGUGCACUGUAGUUCAACUGACAGAAAAGCUUAGCCACGAGAACACCAAAGAUGCUCAGGGCCAGACUGAUGCCAUGGUCAACGCUGACCCUCUGCACAUACUUUUGACCAGGGAGUCGUGUGACAAGAGCAUUGGGGUCAACCUUUUGGGCAGCACGGGAUCUGAAAGCUGGGGGGCCAGGGGAGAGGGGAAUGGCUUCCUGUGGGAGCAGGAAAAUCACAAAGUGAGGGAUUGGAGCCCAGCAGAACUUGUGUCACCACCCCAGCUGUCACUGCCACAGGGAUCCGAGAUGGUCCUCACCCCCUCUUUACAUAGCUGCCUCUCCACUGAGCUCAGGAUCGAAGAAGGAGGCUCUGAGCAGGAGGGAGGCCCUCAGUGGGGAGCAGAGGGUCCGGUCAGGGGAGCAGGGGGCUCUCCAGGGAGCAGCGAGAGAAAGGCUCCCCAAGCAGGGAGGGAGGAGGCCGGUUCAGAGCUCCCGGGGAAGGAGCGCCCAGGAAGGCCACCAAGCUCACCCACCGAUGCCACUCUUGGGCAGUAUGUUAAGAAGAUCCAGGAGCUCCUGCAGGAGCAGUGGAGCUGCCUGGAGCACGGGUACCCGGAGCUGGCCCGCGCCAUCAAGCAGCCUGCCUCCAAGCUCAGCAGCAUCCAGAACCAGCUACAGAGCUCCCUCAACCUGCUGCUGUCUGCCUACUCAGCCCAGGCUCCGCCCCAGAAGGAGCCCCCGGACCCCUCCUCCUCCCCGCCGAUGGAGAUCUCCCCGUCGACCAGCCUUAAAUCCAUAAUGAAAAAGAAAGACUAUGGCUUCCGUGCAGGAGGUAAUGGGACCAAAAAGAACCUUCAGUUUGUUGGGGUUAACGGUGGCUAUGAGACCACCUCGAGUGAGGAGACCAGCGGUGAGGACAGCUCCCCAGAAGACUUGUCUGACAGCGAGGCUGAGAAGAAAUGUGAUGGCCCAGAAUAUAGGCGGGGCAAGGAUGCCCACCUCAGCGGCAAGGGGGGCCAGGGCAUCCCUGAGGGCACCCGGGACACAGACCAGGAAAGUGGGCCUGGGGAAGAACUCUCCCAUCCCAAGGCGGAGAGAUAUAAACCCUCAGAAGAAUUCCUUAAUGCAUGCCGGGCAUUGAGCCAACAUCUGCCAGAAGCUGGGACGGCCACUGACCAGCUCUUGAAGCAGAGCUUGAACACCGUCAGUCAAGAGUGGUUCCGCAUCUCUAGCCGGAAGUCAUCCAGCCCUGCUGUGGUGGCCACCUACCUCCGUGAAGUCCAGCCUCAUUCCCCACACUUGCUAAAGCUGCUUGUCAACUUGGCUGAUGGCAACGGGAACACAGCUCUUCACUACAGCGUGUCCCACUCCAACUUCUCCAUUGUGAAGCUGCUGCUGGAGACAGGUGUCUGCAACGUGGACCAUCAGAACAAAGCUGGCUACACUGCUGUGAUGAUCACUCCUCUGGCUUCUGCAGAGACCGAUGAAGACAUGGCUGUUGUCUGGAAGCUCUUAAGAGAAGGAAAUGUGAACAUCCAAGCUACUCAGGGAGGCCAGACGGCGCUGAUGCUGGGAGUCAGCCACGACAGGGAGGACAUGGUCCAGGCCCUACUGAACUGCCAGGCGGAUGUCAACUUGCAGGACCAUGAUGGAUCGUCGGCCCUCAUGCUGGCCUGUCGCCAUGGCAACGUUGACAUGGUACGGCUGCUCCUGGCACACCCGGCCUGCGACAGCAGGCUGACUGACAAGGCUGGCCGAACAGCAUUGUCCAUCGUUCUGAAAUCGCCCGCCCAUGUGGAAAUUGCAGGGCUGCUGCAGGCCCACGCGAAGCAGGGCAGGUCCCUGGGGCCGUAGGGGCUGUGGAAGAGCUGGCAGC